CCCAGUGUGAUUCUUGAAACUGGCAUUUUUCUAUGCGCUCAACUGAGAAUAUGACCGAUACCGCUUAGCUUCCCGACUUUUCGUUUGUCGAAUCUGCUGAAUAUCUCAUCAGAUAAGUCUAGACGGUGGAGGCGAAAUGGCGGACAGCCCAGACAGUCCGGUAGAUGUGACUCUGGAAGACCAUCUAGAGCACACGAUCGAAGUCUACAAGCCUUUCCUAGUUCAUCAUCUUGACUGUGUUGAGUUGCUACCGUAUAUGCCUUUUCUGAGAGAAUCAGCUGCACGUAUUCGGAAGCUGAAGAGAAAUGGCCAGCUAGUCGAGUCAGCAACAUUGUUUUUUGAAAAACUUAAAGUAUCAGAUGAGGUUGGUCGAUAUGCAUCCUUCAGGGAUGCUUUGGGGGAAGCAGAACAAGAAAUUGUUAAAACGGUUCUUGAAGGUGGCAGCAUAAAUGAUUAUCACAAUGAAAAUAUGAAACUGAUUGAAAUAUUUUCUAAGCCUAUUUCUGAGAGACUGGAUCCAAUUGUAAUGAUGCAUCAUCUCAGAAGCAAGGAGAUACUGACAGAAAAUGAUGAAAGUGAAAUAAGACAUAUCUCCCGUGAUUAUUCUCGAUUCGAGGCAGUGCUGACGCUGCUUCACUGUGUAUUCCGACGGAAAAUAGAAUGGUACAAUGUGUUCAUGGCUGUGAUGUAUGACAUGAACCCUAACCUUGUGAAAGAGGUGGAUCCUGAAUUUGUAGAAAAACACUUGGCACAUCAGAGCACCUCAGAGAAACAGUUGGAGGAUGAUAUGGACAUGGGAACCAUUGUGGAGGCGCCCAUGGAAGUGACAGGGGAUGGCUGCUAUUCAGUUGACAACAUGGCUGCUAACGAUGGCGAUGUAGGAGACACCAUGAUGGACAACAGCUACAAAGACGAGAUGCUUUCCCAGGCAGGGCUAAAAGAGGAGGAAUCACAAGCUCGAAGGAAAUUAUUUUCCACUACUUCAUCUAACGCCCUUCCCCAGAACAUCACUGGGGACUUUCAGAACAACUUGUGUGAUGAACAGAAGGUUCCGAAGCCAGUCAAGUCUGUCACAGAGUUCAUGGACAUCCCGACUGAUGGGUGGAGCAUGAUCCAGUCCCCCCAUGGUGAUCAGCCAACAAGUGUAAAGCUUAUAGAGCCCAGUACACAGCAAAUGGAGCCAACAGUUGAAGUAGGUGAUACCAGCAACAUAGAGGAACUGUCUCCCCCCUGCCCCGAUGAUUCCAUGACCCCGCCCACACCACUCGUGCUCCGCCCCUACCAGGAGGAGCUAGCUCAACCCUCCCUGAGGGGCAGCAAUACCAUCAUCUGCGCUCCAACAGGGUCAGGGAAGACGUUUGUGGCAGCGAAAAUAAUGCAGGAGCAUCUCCAGAAACCAGGGGUGAGGAAGAUCAUCUUUUUUGCCAACCAGGUGGCUCUCGUUGAUCAACAGUUCAAGGUGAUAAAGGAGCACUUGCCCCGUGAUGUCCGCAUCCAGAAACUGAGCAGUGAUACAGAGGAGGCUCUCCGGGUUCCUCUCGCAGAACUCGUAAAAAGGAAUGACAUCCUGUUCAUGACCCCCCAGAUCCUUGUGGAUGCUCUGAGACUGGAGGGCACUGGGGUAUCGAGCCUGUCCGAGUUCACCAUGCUGGUGUUUGAUGAGUGCCAUCACACCAACUCCAGACACCCCUUCAACAGAAUAAUGUUCAACUAUAUGGAUCUUAAACUGAAUGAGUCCAUUGAGGAUGACAGGAGGCAGCUGCCUCAGAUCGUGGGCUUGACCGCUUCUGUGGGUGUGGGGAAGGCCAAGAGUAUCCCUGGGGCAAUGGACCACAUUCAGAAACUCUGCGCCAAUCUAGAUGCCUUUGGGGGAGUAUCAACAGUCAGAAAGACUCAAGAGGACCUUGCUAAGCAUGCUCGAACAGUUGGAGUCGAUGUGAUUAAGACCAACAAGCGGAAGGAGGACAAGUUUAGAUAUGUGAUAGCUACCAAGCUGAUGGAGUUCAUCGAAAAGAUGAUGAUCCAGCCUGACAAGGUGGAUCAGGUGCAAGGACGGCCCCGGUUUGUUGACUCCCUGCAGCCGCCAGUAGAGAGGGGUGGGGACCAGUACACCAUCUGGGUGAGCACCCUCAAGAGGGAGGUGGCCAACAUCGAGGAUCAGAAUGUCCGCAGGUUCUUCUUCUCAUGUCGGAGAAUGUUGGAGUUGUACAACAAAGCCCUGGCCAUCAACGAGGACUGCCGGACAUUGGAUGCACUCAGGUACCUGGAGAAGGAGAUAGACACUCUCUACUCAUCUAGUGUGGUCAUGGACGAAACUGACCUGAAGCUAAAAGAGCAGUUUGAAAAACUGAAGCCUGUUCUCCUUGAUGCUGCCAGGAGUCCCAACUGUGUAAACCCCAAGCUGACCUCGCUGUGCAGGAUGAUCAUGGAAGCAUUUGACAUCCAACGGGAGUCUCGCUGUAUGGUGUUUGUGAAGACACGAGACUUGGCAGUGGCUCUCAAGUGCUGGAUGGAGGAAGACCCCAAUCUCUCCUACCUCAAGCCAGGCAUGUUCACUGGACAGAAUGCUUCUGCUGACAAAGGAGGGAUGACCAGAAAUGAGCAGUUGGAUGCUGCACAGCUGUUCAGGCAAGGGAAUCACAAAAUAAUUAUUGCAACAUCCGUGGCAGAGGAAGGGAUGGACUUCAGCCAGUGCAACUUGGUCAUCCGAUACGAAUAUGUCACCAAUGAGAUUGCCCUGGUACAAGCUCGAGGUCGAGCAAGAGCUGAAGACAGCAGGUUUGUCGUUUUGACCAGCAACCAGCAAGGGGCAGCUGAGAAGGAGGGGCUGAACCUCAUCAGGGAGAUGAUGAUGAAUGAAGCUCUGGUGCGUCUUCAGGCUUCCGUAGAAGAAAACCCACGCCGCUUCCGUGAGGAGAUCCUAAGUCUCCAGAAGGAAGCAAAAGCUGAGAGGGACCACGAGUCCAGGAAUCGUAAAGGUCGUUUCCUCAGUGAUGACGAGUUUGAAAUGCGAUGUCAGAAAUGUGACCAGUUAGCCUGUUUUUCUACUGACAUUCGCACAAUCAAGGAAACAAACCAUAUUAUCAUUGAGCCUGAUUUUGCAUCCAAGAUCAAUGUCAAACCCCACCCUAAGCCUGGUAAUAUGGGUUUUGAAAUGAAAAAGCAGAAUAAAAUCUAUUGCAAGAAAUGUGGAUUGGAUUGGGGAAUCGGUGUCUUUUACAGAAAUGCAACGUUCCCUGUUGUCAAAAUUGAAAGCUUCGUUGCCAUAGAUACAAUGGGUCGAAGAGACUCUCCAAGGAAAUGGAAAAAUGCCCCUUUUAAGGUGAAUGAGAUCUCCCAUGAAGAAAUGACCAACUACAAAUCUCUUAUUGCUUAAUACAGCAAGGGGUGGGCCUGUGGUUAGAGCAUGCACUCAUCGCUCAGAAGGUCCUGGUUUGAUUCCCUGCAUGGGUAUAGGGGCACGGGUGGCCCAGUCGUCUAAGGCGCCGCGAUUCGAUUGUGGGUUCGAAUCCCGGUUCGCCCUGAUUAUGUUUCUAGGUUUGUCCACACCAUACCUGUGCUCGUGGGUUUCACUGAAGUGGUAAACGUCUGAGACCUGCAUCACUUCGGGCUUUCCUCCCACAUUAAGCUGACACGCCGCGAUAUAACUGGAAUAUUGUUAAAAGCGGCAUUAAACCCAACUCACUCACUCACUCACCCUGCAUGGGUACAAUGUGUGAAGGCUAUUGUUUUAUGUCCCCAAUUGUGAUAUUUCUAGAAUAUUGCUUAAGCACAAAAUGCUACUCACACCCAAAAUGUUUAAUUGGGGAAGACCUUUAGGCUUGUGGUUAGUGUGUAUGUUGACAGAAAACCAAGUAGAAAACCAUGUAGUUUUUUAUUUGUGUUGCACAAUACAUGUGCAGUUCUGAUCAUUAGACCUCUACUGAAUCUGUUGACUAAAGAAUGUGUGAUCACCGAAAUUCUUAUAUUGACAAACACAAAGAAAAUAUGGACAGUGUAAAUGUUUAACCUUAUUUACUUUUCAUUUUGAUCAGUACUAUCAAUUGUGUAUCCUGACACUGAUGUUAACUAUUGAAACUUGUCAUGCAUGCAUGGCGGCUGGAACCAGAAAUAUUGCAGUGCAUCAAUAGUUGGGUCAAUUAUUACACUCAUAGUGGGAAUAGAUCGCCCUCAAUGUUGCUGGAAUAUUGCUGAUUCGGCGUUAAACAACAACAACAAAGGAAAAGGUCACAGUUCAAUGUGAUGAAAAGACUGUACAGCAAUAACUGAAUGUGCUCAGAAAUUGCCAGAUGAGAUGCUACCCACAUGACAUUGGACUCUCGUGGUUUCAGAAGCUUGCCACUUGAUAAUAACCACUCUGUGAAUUUUUACGAUAUAAACACCUCAUGUUCAUUGUUUAUGGUACAAUAAAACUCUGCAGGGAGAAUACAACAUGAGGGACGCACUAAAACACUGCAGGGAGAAUAAAUUAUUCUUCCUGCAGUGUUUUAUUGUAUGAUAAAAAAUGACCACAAGUUGUUUAUUUCUUAUAUGAGAUAUCAAUAUUAUGUACAGACUCGUUAAGGAUGUUAAUGAAAUGUAAAAUCUUUAAAAAUAUUUAUUAUUUAUUUGUAUGAAACGGGGAGUUAAAUUUGGUCUCUCUUGCAUAUACUCACAAUUUUCAUGUUGAUUUUCUUUGGCAAAACAUUGAAAGCUGGACUAAAGAGUCUAAUCUGAAUUUUUUAAGACUGAUGUGAAUAUAAAUCAUUACAAAGGUAUUAAGAUAUUGCUUUACAUGACUAGUAACAAACAAGGGCAGAAUAGUAAUCUUUUCUAUUAUUUCCUAUAGAUACCAGUGCUUGCACUAAUCUAAAUCAGUGGAGACUGAAAUUCUCUUAUGUUUGUGCUGGGCACAUAUAUUUAUAUAAAAAUAUAUGAAGUAGAUAUUAACAAUUUUGAAUAUAUAUCCUAGAUUUUAAGUCUAAUUAAUAAUUCAUGCAACCUAGUUUAACAGAAUUAUUGAAAUUGUAAUUAUGAAUUAAUAAAUAUAUUGUAGAUUUAAGAAUGUGUUGGGCAUCUUGUUUGUGAUAUUGUUUAUUGCUUCAUAUCCUUUUUAUUUUAUUUAUGAAGCCAUUGUUUACGUUUCAUUAAACUGAACUUGUUUGAAUUGUGAUGUUUUCUCUCAAAAGUGUACAUUUCUGGUUUGGUGAUAAGAUAUUCUGAAAUAAACAACUCACUUCAGUUA